UGUUAUCUUCGUCGGAGCUUCGAUUGUUCACACGCACUUUCCCGUCUCCGAGAGGAGACUGCGAUGUGUGUCCCCGAAUCAUGAGACUUUAUAAGAUGGACUUCAUUCAAACCACAGUGGGGAAAUGGUAUCAACAUCGGGUCAAGAUGAGGCUUUUGGUUCUUCUGUUCCUCCUGGAGAUCCACGCUGCUGCUGCAGCGUUUCAUUCACUCAGGUAUUUUUACACUGCAUCAUCUGGAGUUCCAAACUUCCCUGAGUUCGUGGCUGUUGUUUUGGUGGACGACGUUCAGAUCCUUCACUACGACAGCAACAGCAGGAGAGUUGAACUCAAACAGGACUGGAUGAAGCAAGUCAUCGCUGAUGAUCCAAGUUAUUUAGAGACGCAGACACAGAACUUCAUUGGUUCACAGCAGGAGUUUAAGAACACUAUUGGUGUUGUGAAACAACGAUUCAACCAAACUAGAGGGGUUCACACGUAUCAGAGGAUGUUCGGCUGUGAGUGGGACGAUGAGACCAGACUGGUCAGAGGUUAUUAUCAGGAUGCUUAUGAUGGAGAAGACUUCCUCGCGUUGGACAUGAAGACUCUGACAUGGAUCGCUGCAAACCCAAAGGCUGCCAUCACCAAACACAAGUGGGACAGUAAUAAGGGUUAUAAGGAACAACAGCAGCACUACUACUCCCAGAUCUGUCCUGAGUGGCUGAAGAAGUAUCUGAACUACGGCAAGAGCCGCCUGCUGAGAACAGAGCUUCCAAGAGUGGCUCUCCUCCAGAAGAAGCCCACCUCUCCAAUCGUCUGCCACGCCACAGGUUUCUUCCCCGAAACAGCCAUGUUGUUCUGGACCAAAGACGGAGAGGAGCUUCACGAAGACGUGGACAUGGGAGAGGUUCUUCCCAACCCUGACGGAACCUUCCAGAUGACGGCCGAGCUCAGACUGUCGGACCCGUCCGUGGACUGGGGGAGGUACAGCUGUGUGUUCCAGCUGGCUGGUGUGAAGGAGGACAUGGUGACCCCGCUGAGGAAAGAAGACAUCUGGACCAACAAGCCCGACCUGAACCUGGGGCUCAUCGUCGGAGCUGUGGUGGCCGCUGUGGUCGUACUUGGUCUGAUGGUUGCUGGGUUCUUCGUCUACAGAAGAAGAAGAACUGCCAAAGCUCCUCCAUCUUCCAACAACACCUCCAAGGAGGAUCUGCCUCUGAAGUCGGAGACACGCCCUCCUGCUCCUGUGUCUCCAGGAAAACAUGACCAGCGGGAGGCAAAAGGUGGUCCUCAGACAAUCGUCGGAGCUGUGGUGGCAGCUGUGGUCGUACUUGGUUGGAAGGUUGCUGGGUUCUUCGUCUACAGAAGAAGAACUGCCAAAGCUCCUCCAUCUUCCAACAACACCCCUGAGGAGGAUCUGCCACUGAAGCCGGACACACGCCCUCCUGCUCCUGCUCCCAGUGCUUCUGAUCAACUGGUGUCUCCCCAAGAUGGAGGUCAGGAGUGAGUCACUUGGAUGACAUCACCCUCCCUGAUCCAUCACCUGGAGCCUCCAUCUGUGAUCAACUCAGCUCCAGGGGUUUGGAUUCUUGUCGUGCAGCAGUGAACUUGAGCCGAGCUUCAGCUGGGGAAGAGGGUCAGAGGUCGUGGACCCUCUUUUUGUAUAUUUGGGGAAUGUUUGGGUUUUCUCUCCUCUUUUCUUUUGCACUGAAGCUUCAGCCGCUUGUGUGAUGCUUCAAUAAACUCACCCCAAAAUCUGA